CUUAAAAUAUGUACGACAAUACGUUCGUCAUGUGACCCAUACCCGGAAGUGAUUCAAUCGGCAUCAAAACAGCGGUAUAACCUCCUAAACGGACAUGGUUCGUUGUUUUAUCAUUCAUACCGUGUGUCCGAUAAAUGCCCUUGCUCCAGGGGAAAGCAGGGUGCUCUACUCCCGCGUCUUCGGACUGGACGAGGCAGUAUUUCAUGCCGGGCAGCAGCGGCAGCUCACCCCGCAGGAGAGGCGACUUCUCUCCGCCGAGAAGGUCUCCGUGGUGGCGCGGCAGGUCCACAGUGCUGUCUCCAUGUGCCGGGACGCUUCUGGGUGUCCUUUGAUGGAGAUGCUUCCCGGCGAGGAGACGCUGGCUCUACAGGACGCUGACAGCGGCGUGGUCCGGCUCCGGUCUGGAGACCCCUUCUCUGAGGAGACGAGUGCGCUGUGGAUGGCCGUGCAGAAUUUGGGCUUCGUGUUGGUGUGCGAGUCUCAUGAAAACCUCCUCCUGGCGGAGGGAACCCUGCAGAACCUGACCAGACAGUGCUUGGAGCACCUGCACAUGCUGGGCCAAGGCAGCGAGGUUUUGCUGAAGAGCAACCGCAUCGACGUUCUCCUCAGCCGCCUGCUUCCACACGGCCAGCUGCUUUUCCUCAACCACCGUUUUGCUCAGAGUCUGGAGAAGGAUGUGGCGGCCUACAUGAACAAGUGAACACAGGGGUUAGCACUGCCAUGUUGGGCCACUUUCAGACUCCUUGCUAGCUUGUGUGGCAGGCCACUGAGCUCCCAUGCCCUCAGUGUUGAUUGGCCGGGACUUCUAAUCCACAUGUAUAUAUGACUCAAUGUACGCUCUACGUGACGGAUUAAAGAUGGAACAACACGGGAGAUGAAAGUGUAACAAUGCAGUUUUCAUAUGUAACUGUCGACCUUGGUCACAGUACUGAAAGAGUAGCUAGAGCAGGUUUGUUGGCCAACAGAUAAUUUUUUUUUAAUUGGCCCUCCGCGCAUUCUACGGACAAAAUAAACAGUUCCCAGAUUGGAACAACACACACACACGAAAGGCCCAAAUCCAGAGAAAAAUGACACCUGUAAACCAAAAUGGCUGUCAACCUUGUCUAUAUGGUCUUUUAUUAUUUCUGUGCGUCCUGUCAUGAUGAAUAUGUCUGCACAUUUUUUGAAUAAGAUGCUAAGUUUUCAAGUGUGUUAAA